GACGGUGUGCAGUGCAAGCCCCUUGCCGGGACAGCUGCGCACCCGAGAGACACCUCCUUCCCGCAGCCACAUGCACACAUCGAUCUGUGUGUGUGGCGCUCUCUGUGCCGGCAGAGAGGCGGGGCAGGGGUGGGGGCGGAGAGGAUGACACAGACAGACAGACAGACGGACGGGACGGACAGACGGGGGGAUGGAGAGGCAGGGCGAGGUAGUGGGGGGUGGAAUGGGAUGGGUGGAUGGCCGUGUGUGUGUAUUUCGCGCCUGGUGUGGUGACGGGCUGUAUGUCGCCCGUCACUGACAAAACACUGUUUGGUGGAGUCACGUCACAUGAUUGCGGUGUGUGUCGUCGUCCCAUUGGGAAGAUACCUACCAUCCAUGGAUGGCAUCCACACAUCCACACGCACACGAAUGCAUGCAUCAACGCAGGCACGCAGCACACAAUGAAUGAGUGUGUGUCUGUCACGUCACACGACUAACUGAGGAUCGACCGUUUGUUGCCCCUCCCUCCCUGCCUGCCUGCCUGCCUGCAUCAUGUGCUUGGGUGUGUUUCGUUCGAAACCACCGAGUGGCAAGAGAGAGCAUACAUACAUGCGAUGCGCCCCGGCAGAAACACCCACCCUCCCUCCCUCCCAUGCCACACACACCAACACAAGCUAAGCUGCGUUCCCAAACCACUCACUCUUCCACUCACUCACGCGUCCAUGCCAUGCAGACAGACAGACAACGAGAAGAGACACCAUCCCCCCAAAACAGCCUGACUGACCUGCCUUCGCCCGUCGCCCGCCCGCCCGCCUGUGAGUCAGUGGAUCAAUCCAUCACUCACUCAGGCCUUACUAGCAGUCUUCUUCUUUUGUCCGAACACGCCCGCCACCUGGUCUGUGACGCCCUCCCACCACUUCUUAACAGCACCCUCCUGCAUGUCGGCCGUCACUUGGAUGAUCUCGUUCUCCUUGCCCUCCUCCUUCAGCUUCUCCUCCAAAGCCUUGUACUCCAGUCGAUAACCGAACUCCAACGCUGCACACACACACACACACACACACACACAGAGAGAGAGAGAGAGAGAAGAGAGAGAGAGUAAAAGGCGACACACAGGUGGACAAGUUAAGUGGAGGGAGGGAAAGGGUGAGUAGGGCGGGUUAUGUUGGGGGGCGAGGCUGCUAACCGUCUCUGUUGAGCUUGUACUGGCUCUGUGCGAUGUCUUUGAGGCGUUCCUGGUUCUCGGCGCUCGAGAACAGACUCUUGGCCACACCCUGAUUCAGUGUGUCUACACAGUAGGCACACAAAGAGAGAGGGAUACAUUGGUGCCCUGCUCACACAGGGCAGGUAGGCGCAGCGGAGGUCUGGGUACUUACUUUGGUAUUGCGUAGCGAGGAAUCCUCCGUUGACGACGGAGUUGGCGAGGGCCCUGGCCUUGUCAUCGCCCUUCAACAUGCCCGCUGGGAACCAGGAGCUCUCUUCUGCACACCACACCACACACACACACACACACACACAUUGCAGGGGCCUGCACAUCGACCAGCCAGCAUAUCAUAUGCUGUCGCGUAUGUGUGUGUGGUGCGGUCAUACGGUCAGCGAUCUUUUGCCUGACGAAAAGCUGGAACCCGACUUCGUCGUCGUCCAGGUCUCUCUGCUGCUGCUGCGCCUUGAUGUACUCCUUCAUCUUCUGCUGCUGCAGAAACGCACCUCGGUUCACGCCGCGCCGGGGCUUGCCGCCCUUCUGAGUGAACCGCUUCAUCGCCUUGUCGGCGGCCUGCUCCUCAAGGCUCUUCUUGGCUGACAGAACAGCUUUAGCAUCUGCAGGCCUUGGCGGCCUCAGCUGCUGUGCUGGAGAGAGAGAUGGGGCGGGCGGGACGAAAGAGAGAGAGUGCGCGGGGUGGAGAGAUGCAAGGGAGGGCUGAUCUGGCGAAAGGGCUGGUCUGUGGCUGCGGUCCAGCCGUGCUCCCGCCGCCAUCAAGACGAAAAGCCAUGAAAGGAAGAGACUGGAUGAUAGCUGACGGUAAUGCCCCAUUUUGGGAUGAGAGGAGAAGGGAGGCGUCGUCAGUGAACAGAAGGAAG